GCAUUUGGACGGGUCAAUGGAUACAAGAUCAAUCCCAACCAGGAGCUCAUCGCCAUAGGCGUGACGAACACGCUCGGCACUAUAUUCCAUGCGUAUCCCGCUACAGGAUCGUUCUCCCGUUCUGCCUUGAAGUUGAAGUCGGGCGUGCGGACUCCUCUGGCUGGUAUCUUCACUGCGAUGGUUGUCAUCGUUGCUCUCUAUGGCCUUACCCCAGCCUUUUACUGGAUCCCUAGCGCUGGUCUUUCGGCCGUCAUCAUCCACGCGGUCGCUGAUCUUGUCGCGUCACCUUCCCAAGCAUUCUCUUACUGGCGCGUAUCCCCCCUCGAGUUUCUUAUUUGGUUGGCUGCAGUCCUGGUCACCGUCUUUUCGUCUAUUGAGAACGGCAUCUACAUCUCCAUCUCGGCAUCGUUUGCCUUACUUCUGGUUCGCGUCGCACACCCUAGGGGAUAUUUCCUUGGGAAGGUUACCCUGACACGCAACUCAACUGAAUCACGAGAAGUCUUUGUUCCGUUGCGCAAGGAUGGCGUAACCAACCAAUAUGUCAAGGUAUAA